AUGCGUCAAACAUGGGAAACAAGAAUGAAGGAUUUGAAAGAGAUGCUCCGUUCUGUAGUGGGUUUGCACACUGAUCAGCAUUUCUCUGAACCUUCAAUAUCGGAAAUCGACAUGUACGAGUCCUUAAAGACGCUUUCGUGGAAGAUAUUGCUUGGAACAUUUCUGGACCUCGGCAGCAACAGCAGUUUAUUUGAUACGAUAGAAAGUUUGCAGGAAGACUUACUUCGAGGCCAGUUCUCGUUGUUUCCGGUGACCGUCAACACAGGCUUCUGGCAUUCACCUCGCAAGAAGGGCAAAGAGGCGAACAGAAAGCUGCAAGCCAGGAUCUCGCAGCAUCUGAAAGAGAAAAAAAGUGCGUGCCCAUUUGCUACUGCAGAUGACAGCGAGUUGGAGGAUGUAGCAAAGCACUCUGUCCUUUUCACGAGCAGCCUUGCAGUCAAAGCGCUGGCGUCUCUCUUAACAGCUUUGCUGUUGAACCUGUUCUUGUACCAAACAAAUGAUGGCCAGUCGCUAGCAGAGUCUUUGGCUAGUGGAGGUGAUCCUGACAGAACUUCGCUACGCUUACGCGCCAUACUCAUGGAAACAGAGCGGCUCAGCCCACCCAUUGUAGGCAUCAUGAGACGGUCCACAAGAGAUAAUAUCAUCUCAUCACCAGGAGAUCAGGCUGACAUAAAGAUACCAAAAGGAUGGGACUGCUGGCUCUACUUCGUAGGCAGUGGCCGUGAUCCGACGGCUUAUGGAUCGUCUUGGGAUGUGUUUGACGCGAACCGAUAUCUGGACGAGAGUGUACCGCCCGGUGUAGCUUUCGGGGCGGGUCUAAAGACAUGUUUGGGUCGCGACGCGAUUCGCGAGAUUGCUCUGGUUGUAGCAGACACAUUCGUACGUCUCGGAAUCGGUAUACAUGGCAAUGUUGCAUCGCAUGGGGUGCGCGGUUGGCUGGGGUGGGAACCGAAUCAUUCGGUGAGGCCAGAGGAUUGGGCUCAGCAUAUGAAGCAGUUGCCCACGCAAAGACCAUCGGAGCCUAUCAUGGUUCGUGUAUCGCGUAGUUCCACAUGA